AUGAGUAUGGGUGGCCAACCGGCCUUGAUCGGCGGCCCUUCACCACUGAUGGGCGGUGGCUUUGGCGGAGCACCCGUACCUCCAGCUCUCGGUGGUGGAAUGGGUGGGCGUCGAAUGAGCAUGGGUGGUCCUUCUCCGCUGAUGGGGGGUGGAAUGCCGCAAGCUGGUGGUUUCGGUAUGCCUCCAGGCCUCGGUGGUGGGAUGCGCGGUCGUCGAAUGAGCAUGGGUGGUCCUUCUCCGCUGAUGGGAGGUGGAAUGCCGCAAGCUGGUGGUUUCGGUAUGCCUCCAGGCCUCGGUGGUGGGAUGCGCGGUCGUCGAAUGAGCGUGGGCGGUCCGCCACAUAUGAUGGGAGGCGGUGGCCCUCUGGGAAAUCGGUUCAAUGGAGGCGGAAUGCCAGCCGACAGUCGAGGCCAUGUGUUUGACCCUACUCGAGCAGCGCGAGGUGCAUCCCCAUCUCGUGGCGGUGGUAUGCCGGGACCUUCUGGUCAUCCUCGUCAACAGUCGCCCAGUCGUGGGCGAGUGUUCGAUCCUACGAGAGCCAUCAGAGAUGCGUCGCCAGAUCGGGGCAUACAGCGUCGUCAGAGCCGCGGACGAAUGGUUGAUCUCCCGAGACGAGCACGAUCGCCUUCUCGUGGUGCACCCCCAGCAAUGCCACGCAGCAUCCUCAAGACGCCGACUCCUCGCUUCGAUUCAUUCAGCUCAUCUUCUGAAUUGGCACAUGGAGGUCAAAGGUAUGACAAGGUCAAGAAUCUCAAGACUGGAGGCAUGUCGGUCGCUAUCAUCCUUCUCCGCGGCCGUCGAGACGGGAAGUACUAUGUCGAGAAGCGAGUCAGCGUGAGCGACAACUUCAAAGCCAGACGUGCGGAGGCCGAGCUCGACACUCUCAAGAAAGUUCGUGGACAGAAGCAUCUCAAUCAACUUAUCGAGUACUCGAUGCUGCCUGGAGGUCAGAUGUCCCUGAUCUUGGAGUACUGUGACCGGCAAUCAGUGGAGGCUAAGAUCGCGGAGACCAUCCGGACAGGCGGAGGGAACUUCGGAGAAUCCGCGCUCUGGAAUAUCGCAAUGUGCGUUGCGGAUGGUCUGGCUUUCCUACACAACGGCAUCCAGGACACGGCCAAAAGCAACCGCGGUCCGAAGGACUGGGACACGAUGUGCCAUCUCGACCUGAAGCCGUGCAACAUCUUCAUCUCCAGCACCGGUGGCGAGUUUGGUGAGAGUCGUAUUGUGUUGGCUGACUUUGGAUGCGUCGUGAAGUACUCCGACAUCAUGAGCGGCAAGGAAGACUAUCGUCGUCAGGGCUGUGGCACGCUGCCGUGGUAUCCGCCAGAAGGGAUCGUGGCGAUGCAGGGCGGAAAGGGAGGAUACGGAACGAGGACGGAUGUCUUCAUGCUCGGCGCCACCAUCCAUGCAGUGGGCAGAUUGUCUCCCGAGGUGCCGAUCCGACCAAAGUUGCUCUCGGAUUCGCCGUGUGGAAGCUACUACUCGGCGGAUAUCAACACUUUCGUCAAGAAGCUGGUGGCCCACGACUUCAACGAGCGGCCAUCGGCGCGGCGUGUGGCGGUUGCCGCGAGAUCGAAGCUGGAAGGAAUGGUCAAGAUCUCGAGGCGUAGGCUGCAUUUCCACUGA